AUGAAGAAGGAAUCGACCGAGAAGGACUCGAACCGGCCAGCAGUUUCCGAGGAGGCGGAACAGCUGGCAAAGGAGUUUGAGAAGGAAGAUUCCCUACAGGGCGCCGCUUUAUUGCACAGUGUCGGCUUCAACCUCUUGGUGGAUCGAACCGGGCAGCUGCUCAAGGAGAAGCGGCAAUUGCUGCAGUUCUUCGUGGCAGCCGCAAAGGCCGCAAGCGGUACAGCGCAUUGGGCAUUGAAGAAUGGUAAUGCCAUGAGGAAAUUGGCGACGAAGUUCAAGCGCCUCACGCAGCGUGCGAAAGGCUCCCGAAACAGGGCACUAUCGGAACUCAAGGGCGAGCUGGCUGACUACCUUCCCAAGCAGGAUGCAGACUCGUCUGGAGCUGAAGAAAGUGGUGAUGAUGAGGAUGCUACGGAUGAGGCGUCCGAUGGGGAAUUCGAUUCCCUCCAGGCUUUGGGUCUGUGCGAAUCUGAUGUGACAUCAGCUGUCCCAUCCCCGAGCUCCACAGUUACCAUGUCGGCUGCCAGCUCUGCAAGCUCUCGUGUGGAGAGGAGCCUCGUGAUGAAGUACCGCAAGCUCUCCGUGGCCUCGCCCUCCUCAGUGGCAUCCAAGACGAUGGCUGUAGAUGAUGGGGCUAUUUCGGAAGUUUCCACUGCAGUGAGUUCGAAUGAUGGUGCUGUAGGGGCUGCAAAGGUUGAGAAGCUUAAUGCUAUCUUCUUACGGCUGAAGCAGCAAAGCUUGAAGAAGACCCCGGACCAGAUGCGCAACACCUUUGUGGUCCCACCAGCGGUGCUGAGCAGCAUCCAGGACAUGUCCAAGAGCUUGGCCCCCGAGCCAUUCCUGCCGAGUUCCCAGUGGAAGGGGGAGUACGAGAGCGAUCAUGAAGAUGUGGAGCAGGAGGAUUGCGAGCCGAUUCAGGAUGCUGAGCCUAAGGCAACAGCCAAGGCUAUGGCUAAAAGGAAGGCCAUGGCUGUCCGGGAUGCUGCUGCCCCACCUAAAGUGAGGAUCGAGGUUGAUGCUCCGCAUGGGGAUUGCGAUUAUGUGCCCGGCGAGUUUCGGAAGAGGAAGAAAGCCUAUUGUCGGGAGUGCACGGAGGAGGGGUACCUGAAUUAUUGGGAAGCCCUUCAGGCUUGGAACUUCAGUGAUGAGAGGGCGCAGUUGUUGAGCAACCUUUCGCCCAGCGAGCUCAGUCGCCGAAGGUUCGACUGA